AUGCACGUGCCAGGAUUGGACCAGAGCGCAGUGGAGCAGUCACACAUGUCUGGAGAGGGACCAGUCCAGCUCCACGGACCCAUGGGCACCGGGAGCUCCGAGGCCCAGACGCACACACACUCGGGCGGGCAACAAUGGACAGAGUGUGGGGUGUUUACCGGAGCGAGCGAGGCCACCAUGUGCACAGGGAUUACCACAGCAUUAUGA